GGGAAAAUCUCCACCCAAAAUUCAAGCUACCGGCUGAGCCUGUUCAACCGGUUAACUCCUUCCCCGUACACUCUCUGUACAUAAUCAGGAUCGCACUCCCCAAUUACUGAGUCCGUACAAAUCCACGGCCUGAAAGAGAGAGUGUGUGUUUGUGUGCCAUUUUUUUUUUUGUUUGUUUGGCGAUAUCUUUGUUGAUGCUCAAAAGGUCGACGACGCCCCAUUUGGAGCUUUGCUAUCUUCACUUUGAGAAUUUCAACCAAAAUCGUUAACCGACGAGCGAAAGCGCGUGAAUUUGCUGGAGAUGAUAACAUCGUAUUCGUCGUCGUCAUCGUCUUCAGUGCGCGACAGUUAACACUUGCUCAUGUGUAACUGUGACACUCUCUCUCCCUCUCUCUCUGCGUGCAUAUGACUUUUGGGCGCUCAGUUAUCUGAGAUCUUGCUUUCCGUGUUGGGAUCGGUAAAAGAUACUCUCUGCAAUUCGUGGAUCAGAGGGUCUGAGCUUGUUCAGAAAUUUCGUUCACUGUUUUCAUUUUUCUCGAAUCAGGUUAGUGGACGAACCAAAAGAAAAUGGGUAAAACGACGAGCAGAGACUGGACCCAGAUUUAUGCGAUCUACGGCUUGGACCAGUGGCAAACUCUACUCUUCCUCUUAUUCCACGCGCUUCUCUUCACCGUUCUCUCCAUCCUCUACCUCAUCUACUUCAACCCGAUCCGGGGCUUCUUCGAGUCCAUCCUCACUGUCACCGCCUCCGGAGUUCCAGCUGGCGCGGCCAGAUUUGCUGCGGGGUUCACCGGCUCCGUCACAGCCCUCUCCGCUGUCUGCCUCUUCUUCGCCGCGGCCAACUUCUUCUACUCCGCUGUACCGCUCCACCACGACAUGGCCCUCCGCAUGGUGAGCGCGGUGAACGACUGGUCGACGGUGAAGCACGCCCUGGACCUAGGCUGCGGCCGCGGGAUCCUCCUCAACGCCGUGGCGACCCAGCUGAAGAAGGAAGGUAGUUCUGGUCGGAUUGUCGGGCUGGACCGGUCGAAGGCGAAGACGUUGCGGACCUUGCGGACGGCGAAGCUGGAGGGGGUCGGGGAGUACGUGACGUGCAAGGAGGGAGACGUGAGGAGGUUGCCGUUCGGGGACAACUGCUUCGACGUCGUGGUAUCUGGGGUGUUUGUACACACUGUGGGGAAGGAGCACGGCCACCGGACUGUGGAAGCGGCGGCGGAAAGGAUGAGGGUAGUGGGGGAGGUGGUGAGGGUGCUGAAGCCAGGUGGGGUCGGGGUGGUGUGGGACCUAGUGCACGUCCCGGAGUACGCGAGGAGGCUUCAGGAACUGAAGAUGGAGGAAAUCAGGGUGUCGGAGCCGGUAACGGCGUUCAUGGUCAGCAGCCACAUCGUGACCUUCCGUAAGCCCAGUCAGCAAGUCGUGGGCCCCGGUGAGGUCAGGCUCGAGUGGAGAUGCUGAUGCAAAUAGUAACCAAUGUUAAUUGAAAAAAAAUGAGAGAAAUAUAUAUUGAGAGAAUAUUGGGUUUGGGUUUAAUCAAAUUUCUGGGAAGGCGAAGCUGACCUGGAUUUUUUCUUUUUUUUUUUUUAAUUUUUUAAAAGGUAUGGGAAUAAUUGAUGUCUAGUUAGUUAA